ACACAAUAAAACAAAGUCGGGUCGACUUUGAAAUUCAUAAAAGAUAGAAACAUAGCUCUCGGUCAUUCUAAAAUAAGCAAACACAGUUCGUAACAGGCAACAAAUUAUAAUUUGCAGCAUUACUUUGGAAACGAACGCUGCCAAUACGUAGCAACAAAAAUGACACGCGGCAACCAACGAGAUCUGGCGCGCCAGAAGAACCAAAAGAAACAAGCGGAACAGAGCAAAGGCAAAAGAACUGAUAAUCUCACUGUUGAGCAGCGCAAGGCCAGGGACGCUGAAGUAAUGCGUGAAAAACAAAAAAAGAAGGAGGAUCAGGCUGCCGGAACUAGUAAAUAGAAAUACGCCCCCAACAUACAGCUACAUGAAGAACCUUAAACCUUAACAGAGAUGCGUUUAGCAAGGUAACACGCCCGGUCGCCGCAGACUUGGGUGUCAAAGUCACAAAAUUGUUGUCAGGCGUAUAGCAGGGAGAUGGUGCAACAGCAGUAGGAAAUGUUAGCCUUAUCCUAAUCUAUUAUUUAAUUGAGCCAAAACAGAGAAAAAUUGACACACUUCAACGCAACAACUUUGCAGCCCAAAUAUUGUCAAGUAAACAGUCGUAAGCAACGUAUCUAAAACCUAACACAUAAGGCCGGCAAGGAUUGUAUUUGAAUAUUGUUCCGCCAUUAUUUAUUUAUUUGCAAUGUUCGCUAAGAGUUCGCUAUAAUUUACUAUUAAUUGACAAAAUUCUAAUUUGUAAUAUACAUAUAUAAAUUUUCAAAUAAAACAUAAUAUGCAACCAAGACAAUUGCCGAACAAACUUGCUAAAUAUGUAUGAUAUUAUGUACUAUUGUGUUUGACGAAAAUAUAUAUAUCUAUAUGAAUAAGUAGAGCUACAAUUACCUAGGGACAUGAGCGCAGUACGCAGUACGUAAGAAAAUUUGGCUAGUAGCGCCUAAGAAGCUUUAAUGUUCAUGGUAUUGAUCAAGCGGUGAUCUAAGAAGCGGACGUUAAUAUAGAGAGAAAAAUAGAUUGACAUUUAAUAUCUUAAAUAGAAUAUUAUAAAACCAA